AUGCCGCCACACGAAGGCCUCGUUCACCAGCAGGAAUACGAUUGGCGAGACUCAAACGUCGCCCUUCUCAACUCCGACAUUGACCAUAAAGUCAAGUACCAGUCUGCGACUAGCGAGCCAGCUUGGAACAACGGCAUCAUCGGCACCCAAGCGGGGCUCUUCAUCUGGCGCAUCGAAGACUUCGAAGUUGUACCCUGGCCCCGCGAGAAGUACGGCAGCUUCCACGAGGGUGACUCCUACAUCGUCUUGCAUACCGAGGAAGUCAGAGGCGAUACGGAAACGCAUCUGAUCCACGACAUCUUCUUCUGGCUAGGUCGUGCGACAACACAGGACGAGGCUGGUACUGCGGCGUAUAAGACUGUGGAGCUAGAUGAGUUUCUGCAUGGCGCCGCGACGCAGCAUCGCGAGUUGCAGACUGCGCCCUCGGACGCUUUUUCUGCGCUGUUCCCGCGCCUGAAGAUCCUACGCGGUGGUGUGCGCUCUGGCUUCAAUCAUGUUGAGAUCAAUGAGGAACCUGAGCACAUGAGCACCCUGCUCCGUGUGUUCAAGCACCCCAGCCCCACCGCCGGCCGCGACGCAGUCGUCGUGCAUGAGGUGGAACCUACAUGGCAGAGUCUGGACGAGGGUGAUGUGUUUGUUCUGGAUAAGGGUGACAAGAUUCUCGUCUGGCAGGGCAAGAAGUGUUCACCGAUGGAGAAGAUGAAGGCCGCGCAAGUCGUCAACGAUCUGACAAUUGCCAAGCAUGUCGAUGUUGAGGUGCUGAGUCAAGAAGAGGCGAGGAGCAAGGCUGUUGUUGACUAUCUCGGCGGCCAUGAGUUGGAAUUCGGCACGAGAUUCGAGUGCGCCAGACCGGUAUCUGCUGCCACUAUGCGCGAGGUCAAGAAGCUAUUCAAGCUGAGCGAUGCAGGUGGUGACCUUGCAUUUGAUCUGGUCAAGGAGGGUAACGGGAUCGGAAGGGAAGACUUGGAUGGCGAUGAUGUCUUCUUGCUGGAUGUAGGGAAGAGCAUUUGGAUCUGGGAGGGGAGUGGGGCCAGUCGAGCCGAAAGGGCGUCGUGGUUGAGGGUUGCGCAAAGGUAUCUGGGAAUGCAGCCUGAUGCGAAUGAACUGAGCAUUGCAAAGGUCAAGCAAGGUAACGAGGGCAAGACUUUCUGGGGCGCAGUGGAGGCAUGA